AUGCGGGGAGUACGGCCCCUCAGCCCAGGCGCCGACGCCGAAACCGGCUUGACACCGCAGCCACAAGAACCCAGCCCUGACCAGCGACGCGACCUCGAAGAGCCCCCAGCGACACCCGGCCUGGAAGAGCCCCCGGCGACACCCGGCCUGGAAGAGCCCGCAGGGUCCGCCAGCGAUGUGCCCACUUCCGUGGUGUACCUGGCCGCCGACUCUGCCGUGCAACUGCAGGUAGAUGACGUCGACCUACUGCUGGAGCCGGAUGCCACCUCGGUCCUGGAAGUGGAGCUCCCCGAACAGACCAUCAUCCUGGUGCCCGAGGGCCUCCAGGCUCCAGACCAUCAUGGACAGCCUGGGUCCUUGUCCGCCAGCCCGCAGGGGGGCGCUGGUCCGGAAAUGCCAGAGGAUGACCUGCUAGUCCUCCAGCCGGGAUCCUCCUGUCAGUUCAUUCUAGAAAGUUCCUACCAAGAGGAAUCCUAUGAUGAGGAUGAGGACUCUGGCUCCCUGUCACCCUGGAUGGAUCCUCCAGCUGGUCAGGCAA